CUUGCAUAUUUUCCUCAUUUACCCUCACAAAGCUUCUUUUUUCCUCUUCGUCUUCUCCUUUCAAAACCCAAAAAAAAAUGGCCAAAGCUGGAAAACUAACAAAACUGAAGUCAGUUCUCAAGAAACUCAACUCGUUCAACAGCAAACAAACUCGUCCGAGUGGAAGCUCAGUCUCCGCCGAACACUCCUCCGGUGAGCUCCACCCUGUCUACGUCGGAAAGUCACGUCGACGCUACCUUAUCAGCUCCGACAUAAUUGACCACCCUCUAUUUCGUGAGCUUGCAGAGAGGUCAUCGGCUACUGAGUCUGAUCAUGAUUGUACUAUCAGCAUUGCCUGUGAGGUUGUUUUGUUCGAGCAUUUGUUAUGGAUGCUUGAAAAUGCCGAUUCACAGGCCGAGUCAUUAGACGAGCUCGUUGAGUUCUACGCUUGCUGAGGCAGAAUAUACAAAUUACUGGGGUGAAUAAUUGAUUAACUCGGAGUUGCAUGAUUAUGUGCAGCUUAAUUAAUUAUUCUACUGCAGUAUAAUCAAUAAUAUAUUGGUAUAUAGGUUAGAGAUUGUACGUUGAGUUGUAAAUUUGAAGAAAUAAUGAUGAUUAGCGGUGUAGGAAGAAAAAAAAUUAGAGAAAUUAUUUAAUUAUCAUUAUUUUGAUGGGUGAGGAUUAACACAAUUUCACACCAGCUAAUUGUCUAUGAAUCUGGUGAGGAUCAAAUCUCUCUGUACUUCAAUUGUUUUUUGUUUUAAUUCACUUGUACAAUGUUUAUAAAAUUAUAAAUAUAUGAUAUUUGAGUUGUAUACAA